AUGGGGAUGGCGAAGCCAUGGGCCGGCCCGGGGGUGCCGACGCCGCGGCAGCUCCGUGUCACGACCCAGUACCUCUCUGAAGCUGUCAAGAAUCCCGGCCUGGCGGUGGAUCCGUGCAUCAUCGGAGGCGAGCUUCGACGGCGGCGGCUGACGCUGGUUCCUGGUGCGGUGGUGUGGGAACUGGCGGAGGAGGUGCUGAUGGAGAAGGCUCAAGCAGAUCUCACGGCGCUGAAGAAACAAGGCGACGAGUUGCAGAGGCAGUGUGCGGAUUCUGCGGCUACGCUCAAGUCGAUCAACGAGACGCUGAAGGGGCUCAGCACAUCGGUUCCCCAUGUGGAUUCCACGCUGCAGGUGCUGCAGAAAUCAGUUGAUGCUAUGGGUAACAGGGUGACACAGCUUGGAAGGUGCACAACGGGAGAUCGAGCAGUCUCGCCGCGGCAAGCAUCACCAGGUGCAAUGGACGCAGGACAACCAUCAGGCACACUCAAGGUAGUGAUUCCACACCACACCACUGGCCGUAAGGACUUCCCACAUACACCAAUUCAAUUUGAUAUAGGAGAUCGUUCUGGAGCAUUUGAUGAGAGUGGGUAUAAUACAUCUCGUGUUGGGAACUACCACAGUCGCCCACCAAAACAGAUUUCCCCAGGUUUGAUGGAGAGAACCCCAAGUGGUGGAAAACUCUUCAUUAGUGCUGCCACUGUUGCUCAUCUGAAACUUGCAACACAAGAAGUAGAGCCAGUAACUGUGCAGGUGGCUGACAGUAGAAAGUCUCAAAUCACUACAGCUGUUCGAGAGGCGGCAUGGGAAUGUCGUGGUGCAAAAUUCAAAACAACAUUCCGAGUUUUCAAUAUACCAUGCUAUGAUAUCAUAUUGGGGAUGGAUUGGUUGAACGAGUGUGGAAAAAUGUGGAUCGACUGGCCAAACAAAACAUUGCGUUUCAGAGUACAAGGCAAGAGAGUGACACUGAAAGGAAUCAAAGACAACGUACGCCACCGUGAUGCAAUAUCUGCAAGUGGAGAUUCAAAAAUUGAUCAAACAAAACGCAGUUGCACAGGUCAUUCAUCUCGUGUCCAGGCUGGCGAAGCAUAUGAAAAUUCCCCAUUACCACCAGAAAUCGAGCAGCUCCUCCAAGGACAUGCAAAUUGCUUUGAUACUCCAAAGGAUUUGCCACCGCAUAGAUCAUUUGAUCACGGUAUCGAGUUGAUGCCAGGUGUACAACCAGUGAAUGUCAAACCUUACCUAUACUCGCCUCAGCAGAAGGACGAAAUCGAGCGGCAGAUAAAGGACAUGAUCCGCCAGGGCAUAAUCAAACCGAGCCAAAGCCCUUUUGCAUCGCCGGUGUUGUUGGUAAGAAAGAAGGACGGCACGUGGCGCUUCUGCGUUGAUUACCGCCAACUGAACGCCGUUACCGUCAAAGACCGUUACCACAUGCCAAUCGUCGAUGAACUGCUCGAUGAACUGGCGGGUGCCCAAUUCUUCACAAAAUUGGAUCUGCGUUCCGGAUAUCAUCAAAUCCGGAUGCGCGACGAGGAUGAGAGGAAAACCGCGUUCAAGACGCAUGAAGGGCACUAUGAAUUCCGCGUCAUGCCUUUCGGAUUGACCUCUGCGCCGGCUACCUUCCAAACGGCGAUGAACACGAUAUUUGCUCACGCGAUUCGCCGCUUCGUGUUGGUCUUUGUGGAUGAUGUGCUUAUCUACAGCAAGACACUUGCAGACCACAAGCGACAUCUUGCAGAGGUAUUUCAGAUACUGGAACAAAACAAAUUGUUCUUGAAAAAGAGCAAGUGCUCAUUCGCUCAGAAAUCCUUGGAGUAUUUGGGGCAUAUAAUCAGUGCCAACGGGGUGGCUACAGACCCAGCAAAAAUUUCCGCUGUCCAGCACUGGCCUCAGCCACGAGACGUGAAGCAAGUGCGGGGGUUCUUGGGCCUCGCCGGAUACUAUCGGAAAUUCAUCCGCCACUUCGGGAUAAUUUGCAGACCGCUAACAAACCUGCUGAAGAAGAACGUGCCGUUUGUAUGGUCUCCAGUCGUGGAUGAUGCAUUCCAAACACUCAAGCGGGCGCUCGUACAAGCCCCAGUGCUAGCGCUACCAGACUUUCAGCAAGAAUUUGUGAUCGAGAUGGACGCCUGUGCAACUGGGAUUGGCGCGGUACUGAUGCAACAUGGACAUCCGCUAACAUUCUUGAGCAGAGCUCUUGGUCCCAAGAACCAGGCCUUGUCCAUAUAUGACAAGGAGUGCCUAGCGAUUCUUCUGGCAAUUGAAAAAUGGAAGUCAUAUCUUCAACAUGCUCCAUUUGUGAUUCACACGGACCAGCGAAGUCUGAUCCACCUUGGUGAGCACAAAUUUAACACGAAGAUACAGCAGAAAGCCUUCUUCCGACUCCUUGGGCUACAGUACAAGAUAAUUUACAAGAAAGGCAAAGCAAAUGUGGCAGCGGACGCCUUGUCACGUCGACCAAUGGCUCUCUGUGCUGUUUCAAUGGCAAGACCACGGUGGAUGGAAAUAGUGAUUGAAGGAUACACAAAAGAUGAAAAAUCGAAGCAGCUGUACACGUAA